AGCACAGGAGCAAAAACAGGCAGAAAGAAGGAAGAGAUAGGGUCAGAUAUAAAAGGCAAAGACUUCUGAAUAUCUAGCAGAUCUGUGGCAGGUAAGAAAAGCAGAAAAAUGAGAAGCCUGGUUUUUGCCCUCGUUCUGGUUCUACUGGUAGCCAGCGGGUCAGCUCUGGAUUGCUACCUUUGCCAACCCAAGAAGGCAGGUGACGCGUGUGAGAUCACGACGAUGACCUGUCCUGAUAAGAAAGACGCCUGUGUCGCAGUCAAGUUCACCAAAUCUCCAUAUGGACACUACCAGAAGUGCACGGCCAUGACUGACUGUGAGCUUCUGAAGCUGAACGCCUACAUGAAUGUCAACUGCUGCAAGGAUGACCUCUGUAACACCCUGUGAUCCAACUGGCCUUUGACAUUUCACACUGGCUGUAUCCACUCAUGUCCAGAAUGUAUUAGAAGUUCAUGGUUAUUCUUCUAACAGAAAUUAAAAAUAAAAAAUAUUCAUGAAAUGCA